AUGUCGUCAACAGUAUCACCGAGUCAUUUUUGUGAAGACGAAUACUCGUGGAAUUCUGUCCUACAUUUUCCCCAGCUCGAACUCCUUUCUGUCGAAUACAAACUAUCCAAUAAAUAUAGCAAUGCAUAACUGACUA